CUGUAGCCCGAUAGUGCCUCCGAAUGCGCACCUGGAUGCACCGGGUGUAGGGUCUUGGGAGGUGUGGUGCUAUAAAACGGACAUGCCAACACCACUGCGGCGCAUUCAGAAAGAGUUGGGCACCAAACGUACAUCGGCCUGAAAAACAAUAGUCACGACAUUCCAGUGUAACAAAUAUCACAAAAAUUCUCUAAGAAUGGUUGGUGCUUGUAAGCCUAUCGAGACGAAGUUCAGCGCUGCUGUUUGUGUUGGAAUUGUUCUGAUGUGUUUGUCGCAGGUUUCAACGUCUCUGAAACCCGAUGACAAGCUGGAUGGGCUCCAGAAGCUGGGUCACACGUUGCGUAAGCGAAGUGUUGGCAGCGAAACAGCAUCUGAUACCGAGGAGAGAUCAGCGACAUCAUGUCCACGCGGCCCAACUGCUGGAGCACUGGCCGGAGUACCAGGUGUUCCCGGAGUUCCAGGAGUUCCUGGUGUCAAUGGUGCAUGCGGGGAAACAGGACCAACAGGCGCCACAGGAGCAAAGGGCGAUAUGGGGGUCGAAGGUGUACCAGGGCAGAAGGGUGAAGCGGGUCUACCUGGGCUCGAUGGUUUAAAAGGUGCCAAGGGAGAAGUUGGACCACCUGGAGAAAAUGGUGAUUCAGGCCCUACCUCAAUACCUCUUUUGGCGUCAUGUGAUGCUCUGAAGAAAGCCGGUUUUGGUGUUAGCGGUACUUACAGAAUCGAUCCCGAUGGUGCCGGUAAUGGAUCAGAGCCGUUCUCGGUAGUUUGUGAUAUGACAUCAGAUUUGACUGUGGGUUAUACAACGAUUCACCACGACAAAGAAGACGGCGAUGUGAAGGGUUUCGAGGAUAGAGGGUCAUUCAUAGUGAAUGUUACUUACGAUCUUGGGCGGGGCCAGGUGGAGGCGAUCAAGGCAGUUUCAUCUUCUUGCAGACAAUUUAUUAAAUAUGCAUGUAUCGGAUCACUGUUUGAUGGCGGAUACCAAUACUGGAUCUCAUAUGAUGGCCAACCCAUGGUCAACUGGGGAGGUGUCCCAACAGGAACUACGGGAUGCGCAUGCGGGGUGACAGCAACUUUGCCUGUUUCGCAGCUUCGUUUUGGAGAUACUGGUGAAACAGGAGAGAAGGGUGUCUACACGCUUGGACCAUUGCAAUGUGCCUAG